AUGUCUUUGGCUCGCUAUUUUUGGCCAAAUCCUGAAACCAAAGAUGGGACGCCAUAUAUUAGAAAAGAUGGUUAUUCUAAUCCUGAGAUUUUGACUGUACAAGAUUAUACUCUUUUAAGAAAAUUAAUGGCAGAAAUUCAGUAUUUAGGAUUGGGUUAUUUUUUUACAAAAAAUGAAACAUACGUUAAAAAAGCAAUAUAUAGAUUAAAUGAGUGGUUUGUGGACCCAAAGACAAUGAUGAAUCCAAAUUUGAAUUAUGGAAGCCUUAUUAAAGGUUCUAAACUCGGAAGGAGAACUGGUGUUUUGGAUUUUCAUCCCAUUUAUAG